GUUGGGCGCGUGACUAUUGAACGCCGGGCAUCUGGCUGCUCGCUCCCCCGCCCCGCCCACUCUUCCGAUAACCACUGGUUGCCGCUUAAUAACGUCCCCGCCCUCAACUUGGGCUCUCUGCUCGUAUUGGCUGGCGCCGGCUUGGCUCGCCCACCAUCGAGCUCUGUGUUUCUAUUGGCAGGCGGCCUGGGUCGUGCCCCGUUGCGCGUGAAUAUGGAGCUGCAAUCGGAGGAGGUAGAGGCGGUAGCCGGGCAACCGCAGGCCCCGCUGCGGACCGAUUUCGCCUCGUCCCCCUUCGCUGCCGUUCAACCGAGUAGGAAAGCGGCUGUUAGGACGGAGCCGGCCACUCACAUUGCUGCUGCUACUGCCGCCGCCGGUGGAGGUGGUAGCGGUGCGGUGCCGGCCUAUUGCGGUAGCAGUGCGGGCGGGGACACGGCCACUUUCAUCGGGAGUGUGCCGGUCACCGUCUCCUUGGAGAAUUUUGAUGGUCAGCACAGAAUAGUAUGUGUGACUACAGAUGCUAAUGGAGGAACAUUGUCUUACGUGGGUCAGCUGAAUUCAGAUGUGAAUUUGGAAUUACAGGCUGCAGUAUCUCCACAGCCAUUGCUGCAGCGAGAUGGUGUGAGUGCUAUUUCAACUGGCAACCCGCUGCUUCAGAUUCAUCCGUUGGAUGCAGGAUCACAGCGCCUGCAAAGUGUUAUUUUGGAGGGACAAACAGAAAGAAGUAGCAGUGCAAAGGAAGUUGAGAGUGAUGAACCCAAGAAGAGAAAAGGUGGUUGGCCAAAAGGCAAGAAAAGGAAACCUCAAAAAGAUUUUACUGCACCCCGGGCUCCUACUACAGGGUAUGUGUUAUUCCUGAAUGAACAGAGAGCCAAGCUGAAAAUUGAACAUCCAGAUCUCCCUUUUACAGAGAUUACAAAACUGCUGGGCACUCAGUGGUCACAACUGUCUCAGGAAGGCAAACAGAAGUAUAUUGAUGAAGCAGAAAAAGACAAGCAACGCUAUAUUGAGGAGCUGAAAGCAUACCAAAAUUCAGAGGCAUAUCAAGCUUUCCUGAAAAGAAGAGCAAUGAACAAAGUAAAAAACCUAUGUGGUGUGGAGUCUCUGGAUACUGAAUUUGAAAGUGAAAUGGUUGGAUUGUCAGAAAUUGGUGAUGAAGACGACAAUGGCCUCUAUUGCAAAACAUGUAAUCAGUACUUUAGCUCUUUACAUAAUAAAAAGGAACAUCUUUUUGGAAGACAACAUCUGCAAAAUUUGACAGGAGAUUUUGAGAAAGAGGCAGCUGAGCUCUCCAAACAAGAAACGCAAUUGGGUGAUGACUCAGCAGAUGAUGAUGACCGUACAGAGCUCUCUCAGUUGUGUGGCCUGACGUCAAAGCAUAACUAUACAUCGCUUAAUCUAAGUCUUUUGGAAGAAUAUAUUUUCAAGCAGGUGAAGUUGAGAGAGUUAGAACUUGGUGAACUUGCAAAAUCUUUGGCGCAUGCAAAGGAUGAGUGUGAAAAUUUAAGUACACAGUUGGAAGCAUGGAAGAAUCAAAAGGUAAAGUUGGAAACUGAUCUUGCAAACCUGAAAGCCUAUGGAGCAUCAUUGGACGCACAACUGGACAGUUUAAAAAUGGUUCCAAUGCUCUUUCAAUUCCACAUUCAAAUAAUGGAUAAUGAAAGCAUCCAAAUUGCAACAACCUUUUGUUAAAAGUACAGUGUAUGAAGAAUAAAGAUAUGUUAACUGAUGAAGAAUGGAAACGAUUUUGAAGCAGCGGCUCAGAAAAAUGAUAGAAUGAAAUAUCUUUUACAACACGUGAGUGAAAGUAGUCUUCAUUUGUGGUUUUUCUACAAAUUUGUGAAUGUUUUUUCAUUUAAAUUAUUAGUAAUUAUGUACAGUAUAAUACAUGUACAAUAAUUAUGUACAUUAGUGGAAAACUACUUUGCCUCGUUUUUGAAAUUGUAGAAAUGUGAUUUUUUUUUUGUAAUACUUGUUAUUUGCAGCCAGCUAUUCAAAAUGUUAAUUUUUUGUACACAAUGUACAUGUGUAUCAUACAUGCUUUUUAAUGUAAAUUGGCUACUAAUUUUUGAAGCAUAUAUUAUGCUGACUUGCAAGAUUACUUCCAGUUGGUAAUGCACAUUAUAUUGAACAUAAUUGUUCUUGGUGCAAACACAGAAGGCGAGAUUGCCAGUAAAUAGCCAUUGUCUAAUACAUCGGUUAGUUGGUGCUAUGUUAGUGAGACUAAUGAAUUGCACUUUCAUAUAUGGGUCAUAUUGUAGAAUGUGUAUUUUUAAAUAAUGCUUAAGAAAACUAUUAAUCUGUUUUAUAGAUCUAAAGAAAUAUGUUUUGCCAUUUUAAAUGUUUACUAAAUCAUUGAGAACACUGUUUUCUAUAUAGUAUUGCUACAUUGGGACAAAAAAGCACUGUAUAUUUAUUUUUAUUGUGGAAAUACUGUCAAAUCCAAUAAAAAUGUUUUUAAAGGUG